AGGUCCAUGCCCAGGGGGGCCUCAUGGUGCAGGUCCAUGGCCCAGCUCCAUUGUAGGAGCAGCUACGGCCAGGGUUGUCCAGACCUGGGUCUAGCCUCAGAGGGCAGUGAUAGCAGUGGCCAGGACCCCUCGGCCUCACCCCACAGUGGCCGUAGGAGCGCCUGCUCACGUUCCUUCCACGAGGACGUGGAAAUGAAGAGCAGUGGAUCCAGCGGGACCGAGUCACACGGCAACGAGAGCCACAGAAGCCAUGGAAACGAGAGUCACAGCACCGAGUCGACGGGUAGCUCCAAUGGCAACAGCAAAGACUCGGCUCUCCUGGAGUCAUCUGGGAGCAACAAAUGGUCAGUGAGGGGGUGUGCUUUUAUUGGUUUGUGGGAGGGGUUAGAGUAGACCACAUUUCUAGAUGGGUACCUUUUUACCAGUCUUAAGUAUUUACCAGUCUUAUUUUACCGGCACACAUCAGACUACAAAGAGUUGACAGCAUUAGUUGAUCCAACACCACACAUCAUCAAAAUCCCACUUAAAUCCAAGGCUACAUGCAUUUCCUUUUUUUCAUCCUCUGUUGUUGUGACUGCGUCCCCAUUCUCUUCCUUUGACGUAGGUUAACAUCAAUAUGACUCACUGGCAGCCCGUUCUGAAGCCGUUAGAGACGGUGGCUGUCUUUCAUAUUGUAUCAGGGUCCCUCCAUUCCUCUAUUAUCCUCUCUGCUGGCACAUGCUGGUCCACAUCAGACAUGCCCUAGAUACUGACUUCACCACCCUAAUGACACACUGCCCCCUCCUUAUUCCUCAGUAACUGGGCUGAAAACACCUAGAAAAAACACUCUUUGAAGACAAAGGCACUGUAGCACAUCUUGAUUGUGUGAAACUUCUUGUUAAAAGCAAAGAGUGAUCGAGGUCAUUUUUCGCUGAGAGGUCCCAGUACUUGUGCGUCAUAUGGUGAAGUUGUCUUUCGCUUCCUGUCUCCACUCUGUGACAAUACAGUAUGUGCCUGUCAGCUCCGCUGUAACAGUGGGGAGGCCUACAGCUGCUCUUAGUGUCAUUAUCUAAUUAGCUUAUUCUAUUAACCUACAUCUAUAAUUAGCUGCCACCGUUUGCCAGACCAAUCUGUUAAUGCCAAAAGCAGAUGCCGCUGAUACUGUAGGUGGCUCUCUUUGAUAUAAUUAGAUCUCUAAAAUCUUAGAGCGGCUAUUUCUAAAUGUGAUUUAUAUUCUGAGCUACUUAAGCUUGCUAUUUAAAUACACCUGAGUUAUAUUUGACGGGUUGGCUGUCUUCAGCAGCUGUUUAUAGCCUUUGGAUGUAUUAGCGCUCUUGCUAAGCCUGUAGGCUAAUGCCUGUGACCCAAAAACACACAUUGGCUCAUACUUACUACAGAUUCUCAUACACACAUUAACGCACACACACCACACCACACACACACACACACACACACACACACACACACACACACACACACACACACAUACACACACACACACACUCCAGUUUACUGGGCCAAAACCUGUGGCAUGGUCCAGUCUUUGCUUCCAAAAGACACAAUAGAGUACCACAGUAUCAGUCAUAAUACUCAUAAAACCUAGUGGUCAAACAGGAAAAUGGUUCCAAUCAUUUUUCCACCAUUCAUUUUUCCCAUAGGGGAUUUUAGAAACACUUAAAAUAAGAGCUGUGUUUUGUGUAGGCUUACCCUGGCGUGACGUUUUGAUAACCGUGUAAAUCUCUCUAGGACAAUGUGACUUUUAUCAAUAUAUCCCCCCCCCAAAAAAAAAAAAAAAAAAAUGAAAUGCUAAUUAGCUGAUCAUGUGGCUAUCAUAAAUAACUACAAAUGCCAUGAUGAUCUGGACGAGACUGCCGAAUCGAGGCAAAGGUAAGAAUCUCUGGAUUAACUAUCUAAUGUUAGCUACAGUGCCUUGCAAAAGUAUUCAUCCCCCUUGGCGUUUUUCCUGUUUUGUUGCAUUACAACCUGUAAUUUAAAUUGAUUUUUAUUUGGAUUUCAUGUAAUGGACAUACACAAAAUAGUCCAAAUUGGUGAAGUGAAAUUUAAAAAAAAAGCUUGUUUCAAAAAAUUAUACAAAAUAAAUAACGGAAAUGUGGUGCGUGCAAAUGUAUUCACCCCCUUUGCUAUGAAGCCCCUAAAUAAGAUCUGGUGCAACCAAUUACCUUCAGAAGUCACAUAAUUAGUUAAAUAAAGUGUCACAUGAUCUGUCACAUGAUCUCAGUAUAUAUACACCUGUUCUGAAAGGCCCCAGAGUCUGCAACACCACUAAGCAAGUGGCACCACCAAGCGGCACCAUGAAGACCAAGGAGCUCUCCAAACAGGUCAGGGACAAAGUUGUGGAGAAGUACAGAUCAGGGUUGGGUUAUAAAAACAUAUCCGGAACUUUGAACAUCCCACGGAGCACCAUUAAAUCCAUUAAUAAAAAAUUGGAAAGAAUAUGGCACCACAACAAACCUGCCAAACCACCAAAACUCACGGACCAGGCAAGGAGAGCAUUAAUCAGAGAGGCAACAAAGAGACCAAAGAUAACCUGCAAAGCUCCACAGUGGAGAUUGGAGUAUCUGUCCAUAGGACCACUUUAAGCCGUACACUCCACAGAGCUAGGCUUUACAGAAGAGCGGCCAGAAAAAAGCCAUUGCUUAAAGAAAAAAUAAGCAAACACGUUUGGUGUUCGUCAAAAGGCAUGUGGGAGACUCCCCAAACAUGGAAGAAGGUACUCUGGUCAAAAAUUGAGCUUUUUGGCCAUCAAGGAAAACGCUAUGUCUGGCGCAAACCCAAUACCUCUCAUCACCCCGAGAACACCAUCCCCACAGUGAAGCAUGGUAGUGGCAGCAUCAUGCUGUGGGGAUGUUUUUCAUCAGCAGGGACUGGGAAACUGGUCAGAAUUGAAAGAAUGAUGGAUAGCGCUAAAUACAGGGAAAUUCUUGAGGGAAACCUGUUUCAGUCUUCCAGAGAUUUGAUUCUGGGACGGAGGUUCACCUUCCAGCAGGACAAUGACCCUAAGCAUACUGCUAAAGCAACACUCGAGUGGUUUAAGGGGAAACAUUUAAAUGUCUUGGAAUGGCCUAGUUAAAGCCCAGACCUCAAUCCCAUUGAGAAUCUGUGGUAUGACUUAAAGAUUGCUGUACACCAGUGGAACCCAUCCAACUUGAAAGAGCUGGAGCAAUUUUGCCUUGAAGAAUGGGAAAAGAUCCCAGUGGCUAGAUGUGCCAAGCUUAUAGAGACAUACCCCAAGAGACUUGCUGCAAAAGGUGGCUCUACAAUGUGUUGACUUUGGGGGGGGGGGGGUGAAUAGUUAUGCACGCUCAAGUUUUCUGUCUUAUUUCUUGUUUGUUUCACAAUAAAAAAUAUUUUGAAUCUUCAAAGUGGUAGGCAUGUUGUGUAAAUCAAAUGAUACAAACCCCCCCAAAAUAAAUUUUAAUUCCAGGUUGUAAGGCAACAAAAUAGGAAAAAUGCCAAGGGGGGUGAAUACUUUCACAAGCCACUGUAAAUGUAGUAAUUAAUAAAUUGCCUACAUUUCUUUAAAUGGACAAUUCUGUGAACGUUUUUAAAUUGGCACAAUACCUAUUAGCAAAAGUGUCAGCUAGAGAUGACGUACAGGAGCUUGCUGGGAUUUUGCAUGUUGUCUACUUUGAUGCUAAUUAGCAUUUUCGAAUUUGAGAGUAAAUAGAGCCGAAUAUAUUGAUAAAAGUCAGAGAGAGAUUUAAAUGGUUAUCAAAACGUCACGCCAGGGUAAGCCUACAUGAAACACAGCCCUUAUUUUAAAUGUUUCUAAAAUCCCCUAUGGGAAAAAUGAUGGAAAAACGAUUGGAACCAUUUUCCUGUUUGACCGCUAGGUUUUAUGGGUAUUAUGACACCUCCACUGUGGGGCUCUAUAUGGCACCUAGUUUUGGAGAACACCGACAGACAAGAAAGAACAGAAAGAAAAAUUUGAUAAAGAAAGAGAGAGAGAGCAAGAGGGAGCAAACAGUGGAUUAGAGUUAUGUAAUUGUGCUCUUUCAAAGACAGAGGAAAGUCAGGCUGACCUGAGAUUGAAACAGCAUAGAAUUUCCCUGGCAUCCUCUGUGGAGUUAGCCUGGUUGCCAGUCUCUGUUCAACUAUUACAUUCCACUCCUUGUACUCUGUGUCAUUUGCCAAAGAUGGAGUACAAGGAGUGGAAUGUUACAGAGACUGGUACCCAGACUACUGCAGAGUGGAUGGGGAAAACAAAAAGACAAAUUGAAUUUUUAAGAGCUGCUCCGGUAUCCAUGUACCAUUGUAGCAUUGUACCCUCCUGAACACAAUAAAAGUAGAACAAGCCAUUGUACCAGAUGGGAAAACUAAAUGAACCCACUCAUUUCAUGCAAAACUCAAUGACUUUGUUUUGCUAUUUCAUUUCAUAGAAUUUUGUGGAAAAUACCCUCUUCGUCAUGAAUGUGAAAUCCACUUAUUGUCCAUGAUUGAGGAAUUUAAUCAUUCAUCAAUAGAUGCAUACGUAUAUACGGUAGUAGCUAUGGAGUCUAUUUUUAGUGUAGCACUUUGGCUUAUAACAAUUUCAUUCUAGUGGUUUGAAACAAUUCUCAAUGAAAACAUGUUACUUUAUGUCAUUAAUAAUCUCUCUGUGUCUGUCUGUCUCCCCAGCUCUAACUCCCACAGCCCCUCUCCUCCCAGUAGUUCCAAUGCCUUCAGCCUGCUGAGUUCUGAGCAGGACAACCCCUCCACCAGCGGCUGCAGUAGUGAGGAGUCAGCUAAGGCCAAGACCCAGAAGGAGCUUCUCAGGACCCUCAAGGAGCUCAAGCGCCACCUUCCUUCUGACAAGAGGAACAAGGGCAACAAGUCCAGCUCCCUCAACACCCUGAAAUACGCCCUGCGCUGUGUCAAACAGGUGGAAGGUAAGAGACAACCCAACCGCAAAGCAUUCUGGGUAGUAGGACUGAACAUAUGAUUUGAUUAUGUAUUUAGCAUCAUUACAUUAUAGUUUGUUGUUGUCUAAUGUAUCUUAAAAGGCCAAUACGAAACCAAUGUGUGUUUGUGUUGUUAUGUUUCAGCCAAUGAGGAGUACUACAAGCUGUUGAUGACCAAUGACAGUCAGCCAUCCGGCCUGGAUGUCUCCUCUUACACCAUCAAGGAGAUAGACAGCAUCACCUCAGAGUACACCCUCAAAAACAAUGUAAGUUACUAUCACCCUAUUUCCUCUGAAUACACCUUCAAAGCAUGACAAAUAGCCAAUUUUACCUUAAAUACAUAAACCAGUUGUAAACAGAACCCAACAAUACCAAAAUACAUUAAUAGCGUGACUCAUUGUCAUACCCACACCUGUGUCCAUCUCUGACCUUAUUUGACAUACAGUGUCUGACCAACAACAGAUCAGAUAUCCCAGUGAUUAGGAAUAAUCCACACUUGCAGCUGUGGGUGUGUACUGUAUAUGCAUGUUUUUCUCACACCUGUCCCUGUGUGUCCCUCCAGGACAUCUUUGCGGUAGCGAUAUCUCUGAUCACAGGGAAGAUCGUCUACAUCUCAGACCAGGCUGCCUCCAUCCUCAACUGUAAAAGGGGCGUCUUCAAGGACGCUAAGUUUGUGGAGUUCUUGACUCCCCAGGACGUCAGUGUUUUCUACAGCUUCACCACGCCCUACCGCCUGCCCUCCUGGAACAUUUGCACCGGAGCAGGUAGCUAACACCCCUCUUUAAUUUAUAACCUUUUAUAGACAGUCUAUGAACAGUUUUAGCUACAUCAUGCACAAAAGGCUUAAGGUAGGAUGGAAAAAGAGAACAUGCUUUUUUACCCAUUACACCUGGCUUUAAGAGUGGUCCCCCCAUCCUAAUGAUAGUGAAUCAUUCUUUUGAAAUGUAUAGCGUCCUUUCGAGACACUCAAAACCCUUUACAAGCAAAUCCCAUGUAUUUAUAAUGAUCGAAAAACAAAUUAAUUUCAAACAGCACACGCUAAGCCGUUGCUAGGAAAACAUGAAAACAUUUACCUGGAUUUGAGGCUAGUCGCCCUACCCUAGUCAGCCAUGCUAAACAAUACAAAUCAAUGGCAGAUCCCUAAAGCCAGGUAAUACAGAGGGAUUCAUCAGAGCUUGGGAAAUGGGCUUCUUUUGAAUUAAAACAUUUUCCCCUUCCCCUCUUCUCUAUUCAGAGUCAUCGCCGUCGGACUGCAUGCAAGAGAAAUCGUUCUUCUGUCGGAUCAGGUGUGUGGGGCUAUGGCCGUGUGCCAGCAUCGUUCUUCUGUUGCAUCAGGUGUGUGUGGGGCUAUGGACGUGUGCCAGCAUCGUUCUUCUGUCAGAUCAGGUGUGUGUGGGGCUAUGGCCGUAUGCCAGCAUCGUUCUUCUGUCGGAUCAGGUAUUUGGGGCUAUGGCCGUGUGCCAGCAUCGUUCUUACAUUUGAGUCAUUUAGCAGACGCUCUUAUCCAGAGUGACUUACAGGAGCAAUUAGGGUUAAGUGCCUUGCUCAAGGGCACAUCGACAGAUUUUUCACCUAGUCGGCUCGGGGAUUAGAACCAGCGACCUUUCGGUUACUGGCACAACGCUCUUAACCACUAAGCUACCUGCUGUCGGAUCAGGUGUGUGUGGGGCUAUGGCCGUGUGCCAGCAUCGUUCUUCUGUCAGCUCAGGUGUGUGGGGCUAUGGCCGUGUGCCAGCAUCGUUAUUCUGUCGGAUCAGGUGUGUGUGGGGCUAUGGCCAUGUGCCAGCAUCGUUCUUCAGUUGGAUCAGGUGUGUGUCGGGCUAUGGCCGUGUGCCAGCAUCGUUCUUCAGUUGGAUUAGGUGUGUGGGGCAAUGGCCGUGUGCCAGCAUCGUUCUUCUGUCAGAUCAGGUGUGUGUGGGGCUAUGGCCGUGUGCCAGCAUCGUUCUUCUGUUGGAUCAGGUGUGUGGGGCUAUGGCCGUGUGCCAGCAUCGUUCUUCUGUUGGAUCAGGUGUGUGUGAGGCUAUGGCCGUGUGCCAGCAUCGUUCUUCUGUCGGAUCAGGUGUGUGUGGGGCUAUGGCCUUGUGCCAGCAUCGUUCUUCUGUUGGAUCAGGUGUGUGUGGGGCUAUGGCCUUGUGCCAGCAUCGUUCUUCUGUUGGAUCAGGUGUGUGUGGGGCUAUGGCCGUGUCACAGCAUCGUUCUUCUGUUGGAUCAGGUGUGUGUGGGGCUAUGGCCUUGUGCCAGCAUCGUUCUUCUGUUGGAUCAGGUGUGUGUGGGGCUAUGGCCGUGUGCCAGAAUCGUUCUUCUGUUGGAUCAGGUGUGUGUGGGGCUAUGGCCUUGUGCCAGCAUCGUUCUUCUGUUGGAUCAGGUGUGUGUGGGGCUAUGGCCGUAUGCCAGCAUCGUUCUUCUGUCGGAUCAGGUAUUUGGGGCUAUGGCCGUGUGCCAGCAUCGUUCUUACAUUUGAGUCAUUUAGCAGACGCUCUUAUCCAGAGUGACUUACAGGAGCAAUUAGGGUUAAGUGCCUUGCUCAAGGGCACAUCGACAGAUUUUUCACCUAGUCGGCUCGGGGAUUAGAACCAGCGACCUUUCGGUUACUGGCACAACGCUCUUAACCACUAAGCUACCUGCUGUCGGAUCAGGUGUGUGUGGGGCUAUGGCCGUGUGCCAGCAUCGUUCUUCUGUCAGCUCAGGUGUGUGGGGCUAUGGCCGUGUGCCAGCAUCGUUCUUCAGUUGGAUCAGGUGUGUGUGGGGCUAUGGCCGUAUGCCAGCAUCGUUCUUCAGUCGGAUCAGGUGUGUGUGGGGCUAUGGCCGUGUGCCAGCAUCGUUCUUCAGUUGGAUCAGGUGUGUGUGGGGCUAUGGCCGUGUGCCAGCAUCGUUCUUCUGUUGGAUCAGGUGUGUGGGGCUAUGGCCAUGUGCCAGCAUCGUUCUUCAGUUGGAUCAGGUGUGUGUCGGGCUAUGGCCGUGUGCCAGCAUCGUUCUUCAGUUGGAUUAGGUGUGUGGGGCUAUGGCCGUGUGCCAGCAUCGUUCUUCUGUCAGAUCAGGUGUGUGUGGGGCUAUGGCCGUGUGCCAGCAUCGUUCUUCUGUUGGAUCAGGUGUGUGGGGCUAUGGCCGUGUGCCAGCAUCGUUCUUCUGUUGGAUCAGGUGUGUGUGGGGCUGGCAGUUUCUGUGAUCAGGUGUGUGUGGGGCUAUGGCCUUGUGCCAGCAUCGUUCUUCUGUUGGAUCAGGUGUGUGUGGGGCUAUGGCCUUGUGCCAGCAUCGUUCUUCUGUUGGAUCAGGUGUGUGUGGGGCUAUGGCCGUGUGCCAGCAUCGUUCUUCUGUCGGAUCAGGUGUGUGUGGGGCUAUGGCCUUGUGCCAGCAUCGUUCUUCUGUUGGAUCAGGUGUGUGUGGGGCUAUGGCCUUGUGCCAGCAUCGUUCUUCUGUUGGAUCAGGUGUGUGUGGGGCUAUGGCCGUGUGCCAGCAUCGUUCUUCUGUUGGAUCAGGUAUGUGUGGGGCUAUGGCCGUGUGCCAGCAUCGUUCUUCUGUUGGAUCAGGUGUGUGUGGGGCUAUGGCCUUGUGCCAGCAUCGUUCUUCUGUUGGAUCAGGUGUGUGUGGGGCUAUGGCCGUGUGCCAGCAUCGUUCUUCUGUUGGAUCAGGUGUGUGUGGGGCUAUGGCCGUGUGCCAGCAUCGUUCUUCUGUUGGAUCAGGUGUGUGUGGGGCUAUGGCCGUGUGCCAGCAUCGUUCUUCUGUUGGAUCAGGUGUGUGUGGGGCUAUGGUCGUGUGCCAGCAUGGUUCUUCUGUUGGAUCAGGUGUGUGUGGGGCUAUGGCCGUGUGCCAGCAUGGUUCUUCUGUUGGAUCAGGUGUGUGUGGGGCUAUGGCCGUGUGCCAGCAUUGUUCUUCUGUUGGAUCAGGUGUGUGUGGGGCUAUGGCCGUGUGCCAGCAUCGUUCUUCUGUUGGAUCAGGUGUGUGUGGGGCUAUGGCCGUGUGCCAGCAUCGUUCUUCUGUUGGAUCAGGUGUGUGUGGGGCUAUGGCCGUGUGCCAGCAUCGUUCUUCUGUUGGAUCAGGUGUGUGUGGGGCUAUGGCCGUGUGCCAGCAUCGUUCUUCUGUUGGAUCAGGUGUGUGUGGGGCUAUGGCCGUGUGCCAGCAUCGUUCUUCAGUUGGAUCAGGUGUGUGUGGGGCUAUGGCCGUGUGCCAGCAUCGUUCUUCUGUUGGAUCAGGUGUGUGUGGGGCUAUGGCUGUGUGCCAGCAUCGUUCUUCUGUUGGAUCAGGUGUGUGUGGGGCUAUGGCCUUGUGCCAGCAUCGUUCUUCUGUUGGAUCAGGUGUGUGUGGGGCUAUGGCCGUGUGCCAGCAUCGUUCUUCUGUUGGAUCAGGUGUGUGUGGGGCUAUGGCCGUGUGCCAGCAUCGUUCUUCUGUUGGAUCAGGUGUGUGUGGGGCUAUGGCUGUGUGCCAGCAUCGUUCUUCAGUUGGAUCAGGUGUGUGUGGGGCUAUGGCCGUGUGCCAGCAUCGUUCUUCUGUUGGAUCAGGUGUGUGUGGGGCUAUGGCCGUGUGCCAGCAUCGUUAUUCUGUUGGAUCAGGUGUGUGUGGGGCUAUGGCCUUGUGCCAGCAUCGUUCUUCUGUUGGAUCAGGUGUGUGUGGGGCUAUGGCCGUGUGCCAGCAUCGUUCUUCUGUUGGAUCAGGUGUGUGUGGGGCUAUGGCCUUGUGCCAGCUUCUCUUCGUGUUUCUAUUCAUUCCCUCUUCCCACUUUGGAUAGAUUUAAAUUAGUUUGAGUUUCGCUCUUUUCUCUGACAGACAUGUGCACAAAUACAUGCAUACACACACACUCUCUUCAUAGUUGGCGUUAAAGUAAAACUACGGCCAACUCUGCCCCCAAGAGGCAGAUAAAAACCCAACCAGCAUAGUAGAGCUCAACAAAUAUCUGCUGAAGAAGGGAAAUCCACUGACCGAAACGGUCAAUCGUUAUCAUACUAUAGGCUAUAUUUUCAUGGUUUUGUUGCUGCUUUAGUGACUUGCUGACUUCUUCCUCUCUCUCCUGUGUUCUGUAGUGGUGGUAAGGAGUGUGUGGGGGACCUUCAGUAUUACCCGUUCUGUAUGACCCCCUACCUGAUGAAGGUGCAGGACAAGGUCCAUUCUGAGGACCAACUCUGCUGCCUCCUACUGGCUGAAAGGUUGCAUUCUGGAUACGAGGGUAAGGACCAAUCAUAAGGCCAACACCUGAGUUGUGCCUGUUUGAAUAAUUUUGAAACUGCAUCCUUAAUAGUGUAUAAUAGUGGAUAGUAUGUGAUUAAUGUGUGGGAACAGUGUUGACAGUGUUUUAAUUUGCCUACAGCUCCCAGAAUUCCUAGUGACAAGCACAUCUUCACCACCACACACACUCCUAGCUGUGUGUUCCAGGAUGUGGAUAAGAGGCAAGACACCAAAUACACUAUUUUCACCCACAUUGUUCUGAUAGUGUGUUUGUAUUGGGAUUGUGAUGUAGUAAUCAGUGGAGGCUGCUGAGGGGAGGACAGCUCAUAAUAAUGGCUGGAACUGAGAAAAUUGAAUGGCAUACCAUUCCACUGAUUCCGCUCCAGCCAUUACCACGAGCCUGUCCUCCCCAAUUAAGGUACCACCAACCUCCUCUGGUAGUAAUACUGUUGUCACAUUCGUUGAAUGACGGGUCAGACCAAGGCGCAGCGUGAUAUACGUACAUGUUUAUUAAAGUAAUAAACAACACGACAAAACAAUAAACGAAACGUGAAGUCCAAGGUAGAACACACAACAUACCUUACAAGGAACAAGAUCCCACAAUCCACUAGUGCCAAUAGGCUGCCUAAGUAUGGGCCCCAAUCAGAGACAACGAGCGACAGCUGCCUCUGAUUGGGAAUCACACCGGCCAACAUAGAUCUAGACAUACUAGAUCUAAACAUAGAAAAUACAGCAUAGAAAAUCACAACAAGGAAUAUACCCACCCUGACUCAACAUAUAAGCGUCCUCUGAGUCAGGGCGUGACAACUGUACGCUGAUUGCUGACUCAUGAUGUCAUUGUGUGUUCCAGGGCUGUUCCUCUCCUUGGGUACCUCCCCCAGGAUCUGAUUGGCACCCCAGUCCUUCUUCUCAUGCAUCCCAACGACAGGCCGAUCAUGUUGGCCAUUCACAAGAAGAGUAAGUCAAACUAGAACAACACAUGAACAAUUAUUACACUUUUAAUUAUUAAAUCACUGGGCUGCAUACAAAACAAAUAGAAUGUCCCUUUACUGCGUAUUUUAGUCACAUUUAUAUUCCCUUUUCUCCCUGUGCUACCAAUAGUCCUUCAGUAUGCUGGCCAGCCGUUCGACCACUCCUCCAUCAGGUUCUGCACGCGGAGUGGAGAGUAUGUCAUCAUUGACACCAGCUGGUCCAGCUUUGUCAAUCCCUGGAGCCGCAAGGUCUCGUUCAUCAUCGGGAGGCACAAAGUCCGCAUGUGAGUGUCUGCCCAGUACAAUGUUUUCCUAUCUUGGCACUUUUUGAGUACCUUGGCACUUCUCUCGGCUCAGCACUUUUUUGUGUUACAGUAUCUUGGCACCAUUUUUUUAAUGGCCAAAAAAGCCUUUAUUAUGCUGUAUCUGUUGUUAUAGAAAUGACUGAAAUACAGUUUGGAAACAAGGGCCUUCUUGAUAGUAAUGAUAAUAUGGUUGUUUCCACUGGAAGGGGCCCGGUGAAUGAGGAUGUGUUCGCAGCCCCGCUCCCUGCCCUCAUGGAGACCAAGACCAUGGACUCUGAAGUCCAGGAGAUCGCUGAACAGAUCCACAGACUGCUACUACAGCCAGUUCACAGCACUAGCUCCAGUGGUUACGGCAGCGUGGGAAGCAACGACCACCUUGCAGCAUCCCAGGUGAUGACCAGCGAGAGCAACACACGCUCAUCCAGCGACAACAAAAUCAACAGCAAUGGUAGCAGCCCAAGCAGGACAUGCAUCAAGGAGGAGGGGGAGAGCAGCGGGGCCAAACCUGUGGGUACCCUUCUACCUCUGUUUUACCUGUCUAUCUUAAUCUCUCUUUUACCUUUCCAUCUCUCUCUCUAUCUCUCUCCCUUUUCCCAGUCUAUCUCUCUCUCUAUCUCUCUCCCUUUUCCCAGUCUAUCUCUCUCUCUAUCUCUCCCUUUUCCCAGUCUAUCUCUCUCUCUAUCUCUCUCCCUUUUCCCAGUCUAUCUCUCUCUCUAUCUCUCUCCCUUUUCCCAGUCUAUCUCUCUCUCUAUCUCUCUCCCUUUUCCCAGUCUAUCUCUCUCUAUCUCUCUCCCUUUUCCCAGUCUAUCUCUCUCUCUAUCUCUCUCCCUUUUCCCAGUCUAUCUCUCUCUCUAUCUCUCUCCCUUUUCCCAGUCUAUCUCUCUCUCUCUCUCUCUCUCUCUCUCUCCAUGAUAGUCAGCAUGUCUUUUCUCUCCUCCACAGCAGAGGUCAUUCCAGGAGAUCUGUAAAGGUAUCCACCUCCAGAAGAGUCAGGAACAACAGAUCUACAAAGCCUCCUCCUCAGCCAGGCCUGAGACCAAGAAGAACCCUGGCAGUAAGUCACACAAGCAAACCAACACAGAAAUACUUACAAUCUGCAGGAAACAUACUUUUUGAGAUAUGCUUGUGUGUGCAUUCAAUAAUGUAAAGUGGGGAGUGGAUGUACAGAUAUGAAUGCAUGUUUGUAUGAGAUGUAUAUGUGUGUGUUUAAUACAUGUGUGUAGUUUAUGGGUGUAGUCAGAUGCCCAUUCCAGUCCUGACCGUUGCCCUCUCCCUAGCAGAGUUCCUCCAGAAGAGUCCAGCGGUGGUGCGUCUCAAGGCCACUGCGGCCCCCGUGGCAACUCUGAGCUGGAGGGACAGUGGGGCCAGUGCUGGACUCAGUGGGGCAACCCCCCUGGAGGACUGCAGGCCUGCAGUACAGGAGGAGCAGCUGACCUUCAAUGACCAGACGGUCUACUCCUACCAACAGAUCAGCUGCCUGGACAGCGUCAUCAGGUCAGCUUCUAACUAGUCACUUAUUUAUUCAUCUUGCUAAUCAUUUAUCUGUACAUCACAGGAGGUUGGUGGCACCUUAAUUGGACGGGCUCGUGGUAAUGGCUGGAACGUAAUCAAAUAUAUAAUUGAUACCAUUGAUACAUUGAUACCAUUCCAUUUGCUCCUUUCCUGCCAUUAUUAUGAGCUGUCCACCCCUCACCAGCCUCCUGUGCUGGACAUAUCUCUGGUCAGCCAGUCAUCUGUCUAUUCAUCAAGUUUGUCUAUUAUGGGGCAAAAUACUUAUAGGUACUAUUUCUGGGUAGCUAUGUGGGAAGGAGAGUGGUAGGUACUACGUAGCUGCUAUUUAAGUACAUACUGCUCCCCAAUUACAUGGUUGUUACAUCAUGGGCUAUUGUUUUUGAUGAAGAUAGAAGUAAAGCAGUCUCUCCUGUGUCUCUCUUGACAGAUAUCUAGAGGGCUGUAACGUUCCCAUCGCUAGGAAGAGGAAGUGCCACUCUUCUGACAACACCACAUCCUCAGACGAGGACAAGCAGAAAGGAGGGGACAACCGCAUGCAGAUAUCUGAAGGUACGUUCUACCAACGUUCUGCUAACGUUAUCUAGCUUUACUCCAUUACUUACAAUAAAACAUUUACAACUCUUGACUAUGGUAUGGUUGGUAUGAUGUUGCAUGUAGCCUAUAUUGCAAGUGACCUUUCCUACACCGCUAUCUAUGUCUACCAGUCAUUGAAUGCACCAUGAAUUGAAUUGCCCGUCAUCAUUCAAUCUCAAAUUGAAGAUACCUGUGGGAUGAAUUCAAUUCAAACCAAAUAAUACUGCUAGAUUAAUAGUCACGGAAACAUUUAUUAGAAUGGUGUGACAACGUUGAUAAUACAUUUGUUAGAAAACAUCACUGCAGAUUCCAUCUGGCUCCACCGAUCGCCAGGGAAUCAGAACGGAUGAACACAUACCAACUUAUCAAAAGAUCAACACUUAUUAUGUACAAAUAAAUAAAAUAUAAUAUUUAUACCUCUUCAUUUAUAAAGAGCUCAUCUUUUAGUUCAUGCCAAAGCUCUGUUGGACAGGUCACCAACUGAAUCAGACAUAGCCAGACUCCCUCUUUCUCUCUCUCUCUCUCUCUCUCUCUCUCUCUCUAUAAUCCACAUUUAUGGGACUUUAUAUGUGACUCUCCAAGUCAUCCUCUCUCGGUCUCUCUCUAUCACCCUGGCAGACCCUGCACUGUUUAAGGCUCAGCCUAGUCUAACCCCUGUGGAUGACAUCAUCGCAGCCUCAGGGGUAGUGGGCUCCUCCUCCCUGGCGGCCCUCGCCAUGCCACCUUGCAGCAAAGCCGAGAGUGUGGUGUCAAUAACAAGCCAGUGUAGCUACAGUAGCACCAUCGUGCAUGUAGGAGACAAGAAAGCGCAGCCAGAGUCAGGUAUACACUACAUGGAGUUGUCUCAUUCUCUGGUCUUUUGCUCUUUUUGUGGUGGUGGGUUCUGUGUGUGUGUGUAGGUAUGUGGGUACAGAUGUAGCUAGAUGUUGUGUACUGUAUGCUAUCGCACACCAUUGGUGCAGUAUCAUGUCUGUACUACGAGGUCAUGCAUCUUCCAGAACAUACAGUACCAGUCAAAAGUUUGGACACGCCUACUCAUUCAAGGGUUUUUCUUUAUUUUUUACUAUUUUCUACAUUGUAGAAUAAUAGUGAAGACAUCAAAACUAUGAAAUAACACAUAUGGAAUCAUGUAGAAACCAAAACAGUGUUAAACAAAUCAAACUAUAUUUUUGAUUUUAGAUUGUUCAAAGUAGCCAUCCUUUGCCUUGAUGACAGCUUUGCACACUCUUGGCAUUCUCUCAACCAGCUUCAUGAGGUCGUCACCUGGAAUGCUUUUCCAACAGUCUUGAAGGAGUUCCCACAUAUGUUGAGCACUUGUUGGCUGCUUUUCCUUCACUCUGAGGUCCAACUCAUCCCAAACCAUCUCAAUUGGGUUGAGGUCGGGUGAUUGUGGAAGCCAGGUCAAAUAGCCCUUACACAGCCUGGAGGUGUGUUUUGGGUCAUUGUUCUGUUGAAAAACAAAUGAUAGUCCCACUAAGCGCAAACCAGAUGGGAUGGCGUAUUGCUGCAGAAUGCUGUGGUGGUUAAGUGUGCCUUGAAUUCUAAAUAAAUCACUGACAGUGUCACCAGUAAAGCACCCCCACACCAUCCCACCUCCUCCUCCAUGCUUCACGGUGGGAACCACACAUGCGGAGAUCAUCCGUUCACCUACUCUGCGUCUCACAAAGACACGGCGGUUGUAACCAAAAAUCUCAAAUUUGGACUCAUCAGACCAAAGGACAGAUUGCUCGUGUUUCUUGGCCCAAGUAAGUAUCUUCUUCCUAUUGGUGUCCUUUAGUAGUGGUUUCUUUGCAGUUAUUCGACCAUGAAGGCCUGAUUCACGCAGUCACCUCUGAACAGUUGAUGUUGAGAUGUCUGUUACUUGAACUCUGUGAAGCAUUUAUUUGGGCUGCAAUCUGUGAUGCAGUUAAUUGCCGAUUUCUGAGGCUGGUAACUCUAAUGAACUUAUCCUCUGCAGCAGAGGUAACUCUGGGUCUUCCUUUCCUGUGGCGGUCCUCAUGAGAGACAGUUUUAUCAUAGCGCUUGAUGUUUUUUUGCGACUGCACUUGAAGACACUUUCAAAGUUCUUGAAAUGUUCCGUAUUGACUGACCUUCAUGUCUUAAAGUAAUGAUGGACUGUCGUUUCUCUUUGUUUAUUUGAGCUGUUCUUGCCAUAAUAUGGACUUGGUCUUUUACCAAAUAGGGCUAUCUUCUGUUUACCGACCCUACCUUGUCACAACACAACUGAUUGGCUCAAACGCAUUAAGAAGGAAAGAAAUUCCGCAAAUUAACUUUUAACAAGGCACACCUGUGUUAAUUGAAAUGCAUUUCAGGUGACUACCUCAUGAAGCUGGUUGAGAGAAUGCCAAUAGUGUGCAAAGCUGUCAUCAAGGCAAAGGGUGGCUACUUUGAAGAAUCUCAAAUAUAAAAUAUAUUUUGAUUUGUUUAACACUUUUUUGGGUUACUACAUGAUUCCAUGUGUUAUUUCAUAGUUUUGAUGUCUUCACUAUUAUUCUAAAAUAGUACAAAUAAAGAAAAACCCUGGAAUGAGUAGGUGUGUCCAAACUUUUGACUGGUACUGUACAUAUACCAUGCAUAAUCUCGCUCCCCAGAUUUAUAUUACAAUAUUCAGAUAUUCACACUUGUCUGGUUCCACGAGACUAUAUCAUGAUGUAUGCUAUACAGUAGAUGACCCUAGCACACACUGGCGUCCUGCAUGUAUCUUCCUAUCUGCUUCCCUGUAAUGUAUAUCACUGUAUAUAUAUGUAUAUCAAUGUUGUUGAGUGUAUCACAGCUGCUCAUCUCUUUAUGUCCUGAGCGGUUGGAUGUUUUAUGUAUAUAUUGUAUCUAACUUAUACAUCCAUGGCUGUCUGCUGGAUCUAAUGUUUCUCUAUCUGUUUUUCUCCAUACAGAGAUCAUUGAGGAUGUAUCUGGUGCUGGGGAGGCGGUGGAGCAAGGCAGCCAGACUCCUGGGCCUCCCCCUAGCGCUGUUUCACCUCCCAGCCUGCAGAGGGAGCCCUAUAAGAAGCUGGGUCUGACCAAGCAGGUCCUAGCGGCCCACACCCAGAGAGAGGAGCAGGCCUUCCUGUGUCGCUUCAGGGAGCUGAGGGGAGUCCAGGCCUUCCAGGCGAACUGUUCCCAAUACCUGGAGCACCAGAAGAAGGGACAAGGUGCCACUGAUGGUACAGUACAGCAGCAAACACGCUUUACACACAAAACAGUACAAUACAUUACAAUACCAUACAAUACAUUACAAUACAACACAUUACAAAACAAUUCAUUACAAUACAGUACAAUACAAUACAAUACAAUACAAUACAAACUUAGUAUAGCUUGUAGACAUAGGCUAGGACAAUUCAACACAGACACACACACAGUACCUUAAUGCUCUCAUACACUCAACUUCUCACAGUCAAAUACAUAAUGUAUACCCUAUUUACCUCUCUUCCCACCGUCUGUCCCCCUCUCUAGCUGUGCCCGCUGUGCGCCUAUGCAGGCAGGCCGAGCCCCCCGCCCGUAGAAGUGGGCGCAACAAGAAGACCAAGUCCAAGCGGGUGAAACAGAACGAGUCGUCCGACAGUUCUGUGUCCCAUUGGAGGAGACAGCAGCAUCCCCGACUCCACCUCCUCAAUCAGGGCCUCAACCAGACCUCCUGGUCCCCCUCCAACACCUCCCAGUCCACCUUCCCGCCCCUGGCCUACCCCAACGUGGUGCCAGGCUUCCCCCUCCAGGUCUACCCCGGGACGGGCACCAUGGCUGGCACCAUGCCUACCAGCCCGGAGAACUCAAUGCCAGGCUUCGGCGACAGCCAGUGCAACCAGGAUCCCCAGUGCCCCCCGCAAAACAUCCAGCCCUCGCCCUUAUCAACUCCCAUGGUGACCCCCGUGGUGACUCUGGUUCUCCCCAACUACAUGUUCCCUCAAAUGGGGAGCGGGGCUCCAGGACAGCAGCCUUUCUACCAGGCCGAGACGGCCGGCUACCCCUCCCAGCCGCAGCCCUUCCCCCUACAGACAUCCCUCACCUUCCCACCACAGUCAUCCUUCACCAUCCAGGCCCAGUUCCCGGGCCAGAACCCCUUUGCCCCCCAGACAGGCUUCCCAAUCCCCGCUCAGCCUUUCUCUUCCAUGGCCAUGGAGCCCCUCAAGCCAUCUGGGGAAACCACCCAGUCUCGGUGCUCCACACCUGGGUCCAUGGGCGGCAGGGACCAAGUGCCCUCCCCUCCAGUGUUCCAGUCACGGUGCAGCUCGCCUCUGCAGCUCAACCUACUGCAGCUGGAAGAGACGCCAUGCUCGCUGGAGAGGCAGGACAGCAUGGUGGUAGCGCCCUCCAGUGGUUUUCCAGGGAAUAACACCUUCAGCGAGAAGGGAAGGAGUGUGGUCUGCCAAGCCAUGGUGAAGAUCACACUUCAGCAGGUAUGACAUAACCAUGUUCUUUGUCUUCCCCCUACUGUCUUCUCUUUCUUUAGCUUUUUUUCCUCCCUCCCUCCCCUCUUUCUAUUUUCUAAUGUUUUAUCCAACCAUCUGAAUAACAGAUAGGGUCGGUGUGAGGUUGUGGCAGUAAUGUUGAGAUUCCCCAAAAUCACAGCAACACUAUGAGAAUGUUGUUUUUAGACUGGAGGUGUUAAGCUAGGGUUAGGAUGUAUAAAGGCUGCUUAAUCCGUAAGGCAUUCACAAAUCAAUCCUAUAUUGUCUUCAGCUGGCAGCCAAGUGGCGGUCCAGCACAUAGGCUAUAGAUUAAUUUGACAUUUUCCUCAAUGUUUUAAGAAUGCUUUUACUGUGAUAUGAUGUUAUAGUUUCACCAAUUCUUCUUGUCUGAAAAGGAGACUCGAGUAGGACUUUAAAGGCGCAAACCACAGUUUUUAAACAUAUUUUGACAUCAAAAUCAGUCAAAACAGUGGAAACAUGCCAAGUGUGUUCAAGGGAUACUUCAGUAUUAUCUACUUUCCCAGAGUCAGAUGAACUCAUGGAUACCAUUUGUAUGUCUCUAUGUCCAGUAUGAAGGAAGUUAGAAGUAGUUUUGCGAGCAAAUGAUAACUAGCAUUAGUCUAUGGGUAUCUGCUGGCGUUCAUCUGACUCUGGGGAAUUAGAUAAAGGGCCUCAUUGCCAAAAUCCCGAAGUAUCCCUUUAAAUCCAAACUCUGUCUGCUCUGUAGGUUGAUGUUAUUUUCAUGAAUGUUGCCCUUGAGGCAGAACUGAGAAGUUUCCGCUAGAUGGGCCAGCUGCAAAGUCAAAAUUGGCUCUAUCGUAAAAAUUCAUUUUUAGAAAGAUAGCGUUUGGCAUACAGGUAGAUGGGAAAUCUCAUUUUGGCAACGUGUCAGGAGAAGUAUUGCUGGAUUGGUGUGGCUUUACUAAACUUCCAGUUCCUCCAUUGUUAAAAUGCACAAAACAAAACGUACUGUAGUUACUGUAAAACGGGUCUCUGUUGGAUUAAUAUUUCAGGACAAUAUGGUUGAGGUGCCUCUCAGAUCAUGAUAAGGAAUUAAAGGAGCAGAGUAGCAAGAAAGAAAGGAUGGGACUGAUUAAAGAAAGAAGAGAGCAAUACAACUUAAGAGCGGAGCUUCUGUUUGUUGACCUUUCCUUUGACCUCUGUCUUGCAGGUGGGUUCGCCAGGCGACGGUAACCAUAGCGAAAUGCUUGACAUCCUGCUCCAUUCGGACUCUCAUUCAGGCACCAGCUCAGCCACCUCAGGCUCCAUGGGUUCAAGGUCUAACGGCUGUGGAACCUCAGCUAGAACGUCUAACAGUGGAAGGUCUAAUAACAGCGGAACGUCGGGAUGUAGAACGUUAGCUAGCGGAACGUCAGCUAGUGGAGUAUCUGGCAAUGGCACAGGUCUGUACACACACUUACCCUAUAUUUUUGUACGUUUGUAAGACAUUUGUUCCUAUCCCAGUCACUUCCACUGUACCAAACUUCACUCCUGUAACCGUCUUCGGGGGGGUCUUCCCAUCUAAAACUGUAAAAAUUAUUAUUAAGCAUAUUUUCUGGACAAGACUGGCAGGGACAAACACAUGACAGAAGGACAUGGCAGCAAGACAUUACAUUCAACCAUUUGUUGCUUCAUGUAUAAAGCACUUGAGACUAGAACUCUUGUGAUUCAGAAGUAAAAUAUCCUAACUCUGUUUUGUUAUUCUCCACCCCAGUAAGCAGCAACCACACCAGCGAAAACAGCAGAAACUACUUUGGCAGCGUGGGCUCCUCCCUGAACAGCAGCCAGAAGGUCAAAGGGCACUCCACCGGCUGCGGUAGCGGGAGCAGCAGUAGCGUCAGCGAGGUGCGGCCAAUGGAGGUGGAGCAGAGCCAACACGACAAGUAUGUACUGCAGGACCCGCCGUGUUUGGUCACCGCCAACGCUGACAACAAGGUCACGUUGACCUAUCAGAUGCCCUCGCGGUAAGUGGAGGAGACAGGAGAGGCACCUCGCAAUGUGCCCUGGAGUAAGAGAAAGUUGUCUGUGGAUGCAGAUCUGGGGUCAGUUUGGGAUUUGGGGUGGGGGAGGGUAAACUGAUCCUAGAUCUGUGACUACAGGCAACUUCUACCCAGGGCAUGAUGAGUGGCUGUGAAUGCUGGGGUUUGAAAUAUUUGUUGGGUUUUAUUUGGUAGGUCAUAAGAAAAUGUUUAGAUGGGACACAGCACUCUAGAUCUUUGGGAAAUACUUUCCUAGUACAUUGCACUGUACACCCUUGUUGUUACCCACUCCCUUACACUCCCUUCCUAUAUUCACCUGGCAUGCUGAAUUAGAAUUGACCAUUUGUGUUAAAAGCAUUGCUAUUAUUAAAUUGCAGUUCUAAUUUAUGUCCACCAGAUGGGGCUUUUAUACAAAGACCCACAGUUGUCAGACAAGGUGGAUUGAGAGGAAAUGUGUGGUUUCUUCAAGGCUAGUUUAAGUACUCUCCAGAUACAAGACACCCAAUCUAGUUAACCCUGAAGAUCAAUUAUAUUAAAUUGCCAUCUGAUACCCAUGACUCACUCAUACCAAAUACCAAUUUUUGAACCACUAUACCAGACAUGCCUUUCCCGACACCCUAAUACCCAAUACCACUCUCUGUGUUACCUGUAUGUCCAAUAUUAUUCUGACUGUUUGAGUAUAUUUUCCCUGGUCACAUAGGUCACAUGGUUCAGAAUACUGAGUGUGUAUGUCCCUUGGUCUACUCAGGGGCAUCGAAAGGCUGCUCAGAGAGGACAGAGAGAGGCUGCGUGUGAUGCAGAAGAGCCAGCCGUGCUUCACUGGGGAGCAGCAGAGGGAACUGGUAGAGGUCCACCCCUGGAUGAGGAGAGGAGGUCUGCCCAAGGUCAUGGACGUCAAGGUGAGCUCUCUCUUUCCUCCAUCUCUCUUUCUCACAAUCACUCUCUCUCUCUUCCUUUCUUUUUCUUCUUCUCUCACUCGCUCUUACUCUCUCUCUCUUAUACUAUGGGCAGUCAUUCAUGUUUGUCAAAAGCAAGUCUAAAGGUAACUAACAGAAAUGUGUGUUGUUGUUGUUGUUUUUGUUUAGGCCUGUGUGUGCUGUGAGGAGGAUGCUCUAGAGGCGGUGGUGUCUGAGGAGCAGCCUGACCUGGACAUGGGAGACACAGAGACUGAGACAGGGGAGGUCAGCCCCUCCAGGAAGCCCAGCGAGGAGCCCUUAAACACAGACACCUGCCCCAGCCCUUGCCCCUCUUCUGGCCUUGGAUCAGCAUAGCCACAUCCACACCCUGAAUCCACCCCUGUUGAUUGUAACAUAAUCACCUCCACCAAGACUCGUCCACCAAGACUCGGUCCCACCCUCAGACCAACAGCUGUCCCUGAACAGGGCAAGACCAUAUUGAACUGCCUAGUACUGCUUGCGUCCUGCUGGUGGUACACACCUUUUCUACAACCAGCUAAACUGUAUGGAAACUCUGCUACAGCCUGAGAGACCAGGGGACAUACAGAAUGUAACGG